AUGGAUUUGUUAAGAUCUGUCUUCAACAACCCCCAAAACCUUAAGGCUCCAACGGGUCUCGCUGGUCGGAGCGUCGAGCAACUGUGCUCUUGUUUAGUUGUUGUAGAUCUCGCUGAGGGAGGGAUGAUGGUUGGCUUGCGUUGUAGAAGCCUGAUGGAUCUUCGCAGCGACUGUCUUGUCGGAGUUUCUGGUUUUGCAUUCCGUGGUCAUGACAAGAAUGAAUUGUCAUUGAACAAAGGUAAUUUUCUUGAAGUGCUUUCUUGGUAUGCUGCUAGAUAUGAUGCAAUUAAUUCAAUGACUUCUCAUGACAUCCAAAAAGAUAUUGCGACUACGUGUAAGAUUGAAACAGUUAAGGCUAUAAUAGAGGAUAUAAAUAAUGACUACUUUGCUUUAUUGGUUGAUGAAUCUAGAGACGUGUCACGCAAAGAGAAAAUGGCUAUUUGUCUAAGAUAUGUUGACAAAAGGGGGUUUGUGAUGGAGGCAUUUAUUGGACUUGUUCAUAUUAAAGAUACUAGUGCUUUAUCUCUAAAGGAAGAAAUUGUAGAUGUACUUGCUCACCAUUCUUUGACCUUAUCUAAUGUACAUGGGCAAUGUUACGAUGGGGCAACUAUUAUGCAAGGUGAGGAAUCACAAAUGAUCUUAAUGUUUCAUUACCGAAAAAGGAGCAAGAUAUUGCAAAAUGCCAUGAUUCUUGUAAAGGUAGCAAAGAGAAGGUUGCAAGCUUUAAGAGAUAAUGAAUGGGAUCCUCUCUUCAAAAAUAUUGGUGGGGAUUCACUUAAAGAAAAGGUACAAGCAUUUUGUAUCAACCAUGGCAUUUCAUUACCCAAUUUUGAUGAUCCAUAUGAUAAUUCUGGGAGAUCAGGACGUAAAGUAGUUAUUUGUACUACUUUGAAUCAUUAUCGUGUGGAUGUAUUUUAUAAGAUCAUUGAUUGGCAGCUACAAAAACUUAAUGACCAUUUCAAUGAGGUGACAAGUGAUUUGCUUAAUGGAGUAUCUUGCUUGAAUCCACUUGAUUCAUUUUCUAGUUUUGACAUAAAGAAGAUAAUGAGAAUAGUUGAAUUAUAUCUUGAUAACUGA